AUGAACAAAAGCUCGUUUAACAGCAACAAGCGGCCGUGGACAAACAGCAGCUCUGACGACCGGGUGCUGCGGCGGAACCUCGAGCGGUACUGGUCAUUAUAUUUUCCACGCCAGGAUGUCGAGGCAGCACCGCAAGAAUAUAUCGAUGAUAUAACCAAAUUUGCAACCUAUCUCCAGACAAAUGCCGGCUGCUUCAGCAUGCAGACCAACGCAUCGUGCAUGUUUGACUAUCAGACACUGGUGGCAGACAACCCUGUGGAAGACUUUGCGCAGCGGAUCCGCAACGAGCCCGAGUAUCUUUUGUGUUGCCUUGGGCUCGCUGUGUGUUUCGUGCUCAGCAAAGAGUAUGGCGGUGAGGCCGAGCAUAUACUUGGAGACCACAAACUACAUAUCCAGCUGCUGCAUCACGAGCCGCUGACACAUAUGAAGUCGCUUAAAUCGGGGUACGUCGGCAAGUUGGUCACUGUGCGCGGUACUGUGGUGCGCACGACGCCGGUAAAGCCGCUGCUAGUACAGGCUGAGUUCAAUUGUGCACGGUGUGGGACUGCGCAGAUCGUCAAGAUCGUGGAUGGCAAGUACGAGAUGCCAGUAAAGUGCUACGCUCAGGGAUGCAAGAGCAAGGUGUUUGAUCUGAACCGGGGUGUGUGCCCAGGGACGCGCACAGUCGAUUGGCAGCAGAUUCGGAUCCAGGAAAAGAUUAGCGACGACCCGAAGGAUCCCGGCCGGGUUCCACGCAGUAUUGAGGCUGAGUUGCUUAACGAUCUAGUCGACAGCGUGGUGCCUGGCGAUGUGGUCAACUGCACGGGAAUCGUCAAGGUGCUGCAGUCAGACGAAGGCAGGGGCCGCGGCAAGCCGAACUCGCUCUAUAUUCUGUAUCUAGAUGCUGUAGCUAUCAACAAGGUUGGCGGGAGUGGGCCGGCAGAGGGGGACGACGGCGCCUCGGCAGGCGCGCAGGUGCCUGGCACCGACGAUAUGACGACCAAGGAUGGGAUCCAUUUUUCACACAGGGACUUGGAGAUGAUCCGCGACAUCCACCAGCAGCCAGCGCUGUUCCGGCUGCUCGUCAACUCAUUCAGCCCCGGGAUCUUUGGACACGAGGUGGUGAAGGCAGGGAUCAUGCUAGCGCUAUUUGGCGCACGUACCCGGUCCGACACCGAGAAGGGCAGCUUGCGGAUCCGCAGUGACUCGCAUGUGCUUGUGGUCGGUGACCCGGGGUUGGGUAAGUCUCAAAUGCUGACUGCUGUGGGACAGAUCGCCCCGCGUGGCGUGUACGUGUGUGGUACAAGCGGAAUUUCUAGCAGUGGCCUGACAGUGACACUGGUUAAGGAGGCAGGGUCAGGCGACUUUGCCUUAGAGGCUGGUGCAUUGGUGCUCAGCGACAUGGGGUGCUGUGCCAUCGACGAGUUUGACAAGGUCAGCUCCGAGCACAGCUCGCUGCUCGAGGCCAUGGAGCAGCAGUCGAUUAGCAUUGCCAAGGGCGGGCUUGUGUGCAGCCUACCAGCGCGCGCCAGUGUCAUUGCAGCGGCGAAUCCCGCCGGCGGCCACUACAAUAAGGCCAAAACUGUGGCCGAGAACCUCAAGAUCAAUGGCGCGCUUUUGUCGCGGUUUGACCUGAUAUUCAUUCUGCUGGACCGGCCGGAUGCCGAUAUGGACCGGUUCUUGUCGGAGCACGUAAUGGCGCUUCACUCAGGCAGCAGCGCGGCGAAGGAGGCACAGUUUCCAUUGCACGAAGACACAACGCAGCAGUGCGAGGGCACAAUGGCCAGCGCUGGCGGGUUGGAGAAGUGGCUGCGACUGAAGCCAGGCGAGAAGCUCGAUAUGAUCCCGCCGCCGCUAUUGCGCAAGUACGUUGCGUACGCACGCAAGUAUGAGGCAAAAGCAAAGCUGCAGAGCUUUUACCUGGAACUCCGUGCAAACCACCGGGCAGUUGACUCGACACCGAUUACGACCCGGCAGCUGGAGGCCCUGGUGCGGUUGGCUGAGGCGCGCGCGCGCGCAGAGCUGCGCGAGACGGUGACGGCAUCGGACGCCGAGAAUGUGGUUGAAAUCAUGCGGUGCAGUCUGUUCCAGACGUAUGAGGACGAGGAUGGGCUGUUCGACUUUGGGCGGUCGCAGAUGGGUACGGGGGUAAGCCGCACAAGCGACAUCAAGCGCGAGGAGACAUACAACAACAUGUUUACGUACUCGAUGCUGCUGGACAUUGCGACAAGUGACAGCCAUGCUAACACAGUGCAGUUGAUAGAGAUGGGGCUGCGCUUCAACAACUUCCAGGAUGUCAUCGACAAGCUCAACAACCAAAACUACCUGCUCAAGAAGGGCCACAAAUCGUAUCAAUUGACGACGUUCUGA